AGUGAACGUACCCGGGGUACUAGGGACAAAAUGCAAAUUUCAACCUCUCAGCCAACACAACCACAGAAACAAGUAGUACAGACAGUGGAGUACUCUGCCCAGUUUUGGGUUUCCUAACGCAAGGCAGACAUUGGCAAAUGGGAGCAAGCCCAGUAAGGAGCUGUGAAGAUGGUUGAGAGACUGGAGCACAGGAUGAAUGAGUGGUGACUGAGAGAACUGGAUUUAUUCAUUCCUAAGAAGGCAAGGCCAGGCUGUCUUCUAUUCAGAUACCUCAUGAAAGGGUAUAAAAAAGGUGAAGCCAGCCUCAGAGACAAUGGCACAAGUUGGAACACUGGAAAUUCCAGCUGUUAAAUGGAAAAAAAUUGUUUACCACAAACACUGUCAUGGAUUAGAGAGGUUGUGGGAUCUCUAUCUGGCCUCAAGCAGCUACUCUGAUGGGACAUGCUCUCAAGUGGGAGGUUGUACUAUCACUAGGGUAUAUUUGCAACUGAUGUGAUUCAUUCAUUUUAAGCAUUAAGUCUUAGACCUUUUUCUGCAUUUUUUCCCGCUUAUUCUACCUCUUGCAUAAUAGAUAUUGGUUUGGUCAUUUCAGUGGAAAAGAUGAUUAUGUAAUAUACAGCAGAUAUGUUUUAGUGCACAGUAUAUUUUUAUUGUUUAGAUCACAUGAACCUCCCUCCUUAGGCUUUACAGAUCAACAGCAACAUGUGGGAUGAUACUAUUCAAUUACCACUGAUUCAUUUUUUGAAUGUAGAAUUAUGUUACUUUCUCAAAUGGAGAUUUCAUUGUCAUAGUCACAUUGAACAUAAUUUAAGUUAUUUAAGAAAUUACAUCACAGUUCUUUUUCAUUGUUUCUGGAUAAUAAAUAUACUAUUUUAUUUUAAGAUCCAGGCCUAUUACUAUCACUUUGUGUUUUGCAUACUUCUGUUUUCUCGCAGUUCAAAGUUGUUAAAAAUUUCCUUCACUCUGUUAUGCUGCAAAGAUAAUGUAUCUUGUAAGGCUGAGUGAAGUUCUAGCUGUCUUAAGAUGCUACCAUUUUCUUAGUUGCAAUUAAAACUUAAUUAUACUGUUUUAUAGGAUAUUACAAUGACAUUUGUGACAAUGAUGCCUUAAAAAUGAAGAAGAAACGCUCACUGGGGAAAAAAAGCAAAACUUUUUUGUGACACUAAUUUGGUGUUUGUGUUGUAAACACAUCUUGUGGGGUUUUGUUGAUUUUGUUUUCUUCUGAAUCUUCAAUUCUAUCUGUAUGCAAUCCACUGGCAUAAAUGUUAGUGAUAUUGCACCUGCUUGUGUUUCUAAGCUUUCUCCUUACACAGGAAAACUAAAGAUAUUGUUACUCAUUUGAUAGUGUUAUAAAGUUUGUAUAAUUUUGUCUUCUAACAUGGACUUGAAAAAAGUUUGUUUACAGAAGAAAUGAAUCUCAGUGGUUUCCCGUUUCUGGUCAAAUAUCCCAUUGUGUCUCUAUAGAAAUUACAUUGAAUGUUUGUAUUCUGGAUAUCUUUAAAGGAAAUCUCUUCACUAGCUAAAAAGUUGCUUGUGGGCAUGAGGAGGCUGAAGUCAGAGCAAGAAGAUGGGUCAUCAGGACUUAAUUUCUGAAACCAGCAGACCUUUUAUUUUUGCUCUCUGCUGAGCUCUCAAUAGAUACCAAGAGCAAACUCUUUACACAGAACACCACACUGAUGCAGGAAGCUUUUGUGGAGGGCGGCACCAGGGAUAGCACAGGGAAUUCCAGAGCAGGCUCUCCUCUUGUGUUACUGAUUGGCAUAUGAAGCUGUCAGCAUGACACUUUGAAAAUGUGAAGUAGUGCAGAGUAUUUAACUCUGUUACUUUCUUAGUUUAAGGCAAUUAUAUGGGGUGGAGACUCCACAAUGACUUACCUUCUCAUAGUUUUAAUCACUCCCCUUUCACCAAUAAGGAGAAAUGAACAUGAGAAGAUAUAAGUGACAAAAUAACAGUUUACUAAAAAGAAAAAACAGCAAUAACCACUAGAUACAAAGGUGCUGAGUCACCUCGUCCCCAUGGGAACAAAGAAAACAAGAUGGUGGAGAAGCCCCCUCCUCCCAAGAUGAUGGCAGCCGUAGCAGCCCACGUAGCCUGGAGGACAAAUACAAGAUAGUGGAGAAGCCCCCUUCUCUGGACCACUGGCAGAGAGAGAAAACAAAGGAAAAUCAACACAGCAACUGAAUCUGCUGUUCCACGACUCCCUUCUCCCUCAAACAACAACCAAGAGGGGACAGGGACAAAGCAAAACCUGGGAAAAAAUCCUAUUUUUGUCCAAAAGGCUUCAAUGCUGCUGAGACGCUGGAAAAAACUUCCCUCCUUGGCAUGGCUGGAACUGGAGCAACAGCUGGAAAAGUUGUGGACAAUGGGUCUGACUCCUCCUUGGCGAAUGGCAGGUGGCUGGAACUGGAGUAUCAGCUUAAAAACUCAUGAAGAAAGGAUCCCGACACCUCCUCGUGAAACAGCAGGCAGUGGCGGCAAAGGUGUUUCAAAAUCUGCUGUGAAGCAACAGCAGAACAAAUUCGCCUUGCUCAGAUGAUCUACGAUAAGAAUGACACAGAUUUUGAAGAUAAAGUGAAACAACUUAUGGAAGUGACGGGGAAAAACCAGGAUGAGUGCAUAGUGGCACUACAUGAUUGUAAUGGGGACAUGAACAGAGCAAUUAACACAUUGCUGGAAGGAAGUUCAGACACGACUUCUUGGGAGACUGUAGGGGGAAAGAAGAAAAACCUUGGAAAAGAAGGUUUGGAAAACAAAGACAACAGAGAGAAACGAGGGGACAGAGAAAUGAGCCGUGGAUGGGGAAGUUCCAACAGACGGGGAAGAGGAGGCAGCCGUGGCCGAGAGUUCAGAGCUGAAGAGAAUGGAGUGGACAACAGUCAAGGAGACAGGCCUUCAGACCAUGGGAAACAUAGCCAUGGGAGAGGUUUUGGACGUGGCAGAGGGAGAGGAGCAGGGAGGUUUUCAGCCCAAGGCAUGGGGACAUUUAACCCUGCAGACUAUAUGGAGUCUUCGGCCACUGAUGGCUUUGGGACAAAAUCAGAGAUUUGGGAGACUGGUCAGAAUUAUGCAGAUGAUGGAACUGGAGCAUGGAAAAACUCAGUAGAAGAAUGGACUGCAGAAGAUUGGAAUGAAGAUCUUUCUGAAACAAAAGUCUUCAUUGCUUCCUCUGUUCCAGCUGAGAAUCAUGUGACUCCUAGGCAAAGCAUUGAUUUGGUAACGCUGCUUCAAAAGCCCGAAAAGCCUGUGACCCUUACCCAAGAGACAGAAGGCAACUCAUUUGAGGCUCCCCAGCAACAGACCUUUGGCCAAGCCCUUGUCUUCACAAAUUCUCAGCACAGCACCCAGAUGGCAUCAGGAACUGGCAGCUCCAGUGCUGUAAACUCUUAUUCUCCUCAAAGUCUGUCUGCAGUCCUUUGUCCUGGCUUUCGAGAACAUGGGUCUCCUAAACUGAAAAACUCUACUGGAUUCCAAAUCUUGGACCAAUUGAAAUCUCCAGGUUUGGGUCAGUUUACCUCUCAACAAAACAAUAAUAGCUCUACUACCACUACCACAUCAUCCUGGGAUCAAAAACUGCCCGUUACCCAGGCGUCAGUCCUUAGUCAGUUUGACUUGAAAUCGCAUCCUCAACCAUCCCCAGUUCUAAUCCAUCUGACCCAGCGACAGCAACAACAAACACAGAUAGCCCCUGUUCCUCCUCCUGGGCUGCAGUCCUUCUCCCAGGUAAAACUCCACGAGCCAUUACCAGUAGACACCUCUACCGCUGUUAGCAAAAUGUUACAGCUGCCUACUAUAUCUAUGGAUAACCCGGAAGUGACUGCCCACCAAACCCAGCAGAAGCAGAUAAAACCACCAAAACGGAGGAUAACUCCAGCAUCCAAGAUUCCUGCCUCUGCAGUGGAGAUGCCUGGAUCAGCAGAUGUGACAGGAUUAAAUGUUCAGUUUGGAGCUUUGGAGUUUGGAUCAGAGCCUACGCUCACAGAAUUUGGAUCAACUUCAAGCAGUGAGAAUACCAGCCAGGCAACCAACAAUAGCUUGUACUCAAAAUCUGUCAUGUAUGUUGAUCCUUUGAAUACCUCUCUGCCAAUAUCCAAUACAGUACAGGAGUCCACCUACACAACCUCUGCCAUCAGCUCUUCCAGUCUGACCUGCUCAUCCCAGAGCACUAACCCAGUAACAACUUCCUCCUAUGAGCAGACUUCUGUACUUAGUAGGAUAGUGUACGAAAGCUCCAUGGCUCCAUCUGAACCAACUCCUGUUGCAGUUACAAAUGGACACAGCAGUGUUAGAACACAGGCAACUCUUGACACUACUUCAUCAGUUCCUGCGCUUAAGACAGAGCCUUCUCCCUCACUACCUUCUGCUGAUUCUCUGCGCGGCAUGGUGUCCACUACUGCUUCACUUCUGCCUUCAGCAUCGCAGCAUGCAGGAACUUUGCCCAGCUUGCCUCAGUCCAUUGAUCUGUCCAGCAGCUCACUCUCACAGUUAAGCAGCUCCCUUUCCAAUCAUCAGAGCAGCCUCUCCCCUGCCUCAGUGUUGUCUUCAAGCACAUCACAUGUGCACACUAGUGUUGAGAACACCACUUCUCUUCAGCCUUCAACAACAUUUUCAACUGCUUCAACCUCAGACACUAGCACCACCUCUUCGGUUGUCAGCAUGGCAAGCAGUAUGAACACUACAGCUAGCCUUGGCCUUAGUGUUACCAGUGUGUCUGCUACCACAGGAGCAGCUCCCUUAAUGUCUUCAGGCAAAGCUCCCCCAAAUCUGCCUCAAGGUGUAUCACCCUUGUUGCAUAACCAGUAUAUUGUGGGACCUGGAGGACUUCUGCCUGCCUACCCACAGAUUUAUGGUUAUGAUGAUGUCCAGAUGCUUCAAUCCAGGCUGCCAAUGGUGGAGAUCUUUGCAUGUGCAUCAUGGCAACAAAUGCAGGAUUACUACGGAAUUACAUUCCCUGCUCCUGCAACCUUAACAGGCAGAGAUGGAAGCCUUGCUAACAACCCCUUCUCAGGUGACAUAACAAAAUUUGGCCGUGGGGAUUCUGCCUCCCCUUCUCCUGCUACCACGCUCGCCCAGUCGCAGCAGAACCAGACUCAGACUCACCAUACAACUCAGCAGCCAUUCCUCAAUCCGACCCUGCCCCCAGGGUACAGCUACACUGGGUUACCUUAUUAUGCUGGUGUGCCCGGUGUUCCCAGUGCAUUCCAAUAUGGGCCAACUAUGUUUGUACCUCCAGCAUCUGCUAAACAGCAUGGAGUCAACCUGAACACCACGUCGACUCCUUUUCAGCAAGGGAGUGGCUAUGGGCAGCAUGGCUAUGGGGCAGGCUAUGAUGACUUAACGCAGGGAACAGCAGCAGGAGAUUACAGCAAAGGAGGCUACAGUGGGUCAUCUCAAGCACAAAACAAAUCUGCUGGCACUGGUCCUGGGAAAGGUGUUUCUGUGACCUCAAGUAACACGGGUGUGCCUGAUAUCAGUGGCUCAGUCUAUAACAAGAUUCAGACAUUUGAUAAACAGGGAUUCCAUGCUGGCACACCACCUUCUUUUAGCCUCCCCUCUGCUCUUGGAUCAACUGGGCUGAACCCUGGUGCUGCCCCAGGUUAUGCUCCAGCCCCGUUUCUCCAUAUCCUCCCUGCGCAUCAGCAGCCUCAUUCCCAGAUGCUGCAUCACCAUCUUCAGCAAGAUGGGCAGGGUGGAUCUGGCCAACGCAAUCAACCCAGCACCAUGCAGCAAAAGUCUCAGGCUACCAAAACCUAUGGUACUUCUCCAUACUGGACAAACUAAAUCCAAAACUGGGGAGGGGGGAGAGAAUUAAAGGAGAGGAGGCAAAAAAAAAAAAAAAAAAGAAAAAGAAAAAGCUGACCCCCAUUCCUAGAAUUAUUAGGAGAAAUUACUGCUCAGCCAAACGUCUGUGUGGGGAGAACUACAGCCAGGCAGCCAUUCUCAGUGUGACUUGCCUGAAGUUGCUGUUGUAUGUAAUAUAUUUAUGUAUGUAUUUGUAAAUGCAAUAGAGGCUAAAUGUGGUUUUCUGCAUCUUGCAGCCUAUUUUAUUUUCUUUGUAGGGAAAUUUAUUAUGAGUUUCCCAUCUGCAUCAGAUCAUCCUUCCUUGUUUUUUUAAGCUUUAUAACUGUCAAAAGACAAACUGUGCCUUUUUUUUUUUUUUUUUUUUUUUUUGAGCUGGAGGUCAUUUAUUUAAUGCAGUUCUAAAUUCAGGCAAAUAAGACCUGCUUUCUCUCCCUCCCCCCAAAAAAAAAGUAAUCAAGAUGUGUCCUGUUGGUUUGAUUUUUGCCCUCAUCCCCCAAUAUACCUGUUACUUGAAAAAGAUAAAAAAGGGGUUGGGGGAAGAAAAAAAAAAUGUUGUGGGUCCUUCUUCUUUCUUUCAUCUCCUCAUUCCUUCCUGCUGUGGAAGAUGAAUUCUUGUGGGCAGUUUGUUCACUGUGGCCCUGAGCUGCACUCUCACCUUUUUAUUUUUCACUUAUUUUUAAUAAUAAAGGCCUUUUUUUUUGGUGGUU